UGUCUCCUCAGUUUUCGUGAAAUCGCAACGGUCUCAUUCUCUGCGUAUAAAAAGAAAACCGCCGAACAAUUGCGUACUCAACUUUUUCUCAACGGCUACUCCCACUUUCUUCACACGCUUCAACUUCUCUCUCUACAUUUCAAAAAUGGGUUCUGGAAUCUUCGCCGGAGAUUUGUUUUUCCUCCUAUUCGCGCUCAUCUCCAGCGCGGCGGCAGCCCAAGGCGGCGGCGGCGGAGGGGCGGCGAGGGAGCUCUGGUGCGUCGCCAAAAACAACGCAGAGGACGCCGCCCUGCAAUCGGCACUCGACUGGACGUGCGGGCCCGGAGGAGCAGACUGCGGGCCUAUUCAGAACGGCGGGCCCUGCUACGACGGGUCGGAUCUCCAGCGAACGGCGUCGUACGCCUUCAACGAUUACUACCUGAAGCACGGCCCUUCCGACGAAAACUGCAAUUUUGCCAACACUGCUGCUAUCACUUCUCUCAACCCUAGCCACCACAAGUGCAAAUUUCCAUCCAGUUUAAGCUCCGGCAAAGGAAACUACAGUGGGGCAGUUGGUGCAGGGCCGGGUAGUGCAAAUAUGAGCGGCAGCGUUAGCGGUUCGAUUGCUCGCUACUUUGAUGUGAGUUCACUUGCAAUUCAUCUCUUAUUUGCAAUUGCACUAAUCUUGUAACGGAAUCGGGUGCACAUUUUUGUAUGUAAACUACAUUUUGGCUGAAACAAACGCAGCAGAAACAACUAUGCAAUGAAUGGGAUGGUUAUUAGUGUUGAUAAGAUAACGUUUUUCGUACAAAUUCGGGCUAUAUAUUUUUAUUUUCUUUAAUUGGUUCGGUUGUUCUCACAUGUAAAAUUGUUGGGGAAUGUUGAAUCUCUCUUUUUGCACGAUUCUUGAGCAGUUUAUUGCAAACUGUUUUGGAAAGAGAAACUUGAAAUAUGUUACAUUCUAUCUCAAAUUCUAUGUUAAGGCCGAAUAGUGUUCUCUGUUACGUGUAUGUUCGGUUAAACAAACCAAAUCAUCGGUUUACAGUGAUCAUCGAUUUGUCAAAUGUUCACUAUAAGAUGUUUGGUUCGGGAGUUCCUCUAGU